AAAGUGAACUUAACGUCAAUUAACAAAUACAUCACGUGUUCUCUGUGCGGUGGCUACUAUAUUGACGCCACGGCAAUUGUCGCCUGCCAACACACAUUCUGCAGAUCGUGUAUUUUGUUGUACCUGCAGACGAGUAGCUACUGUCCCGUCUGUGACCGGCAAGUAAUCGUCAGCUCGGAGAUCUGUACAUCCCUCAGCGAUACGACACUACAGAUGUUAGUAUACAAACUACUGCCGAACAUUAUG